CGCUGGUGCUCUUUGUGCGUCAGGCUGCCGUUACCGGGGGAAAAGUAUUUUUUGUGUCUCGCUUCUGUCGUUGGUCGCGGCAGCCCUCCGAGCAGGGCCUCUUGAAGGAGGCGGAGGGAAGGGGAACGCAGCUUUCCAAGGUGCUUCUUGCGCUCUUGUACCUUAUGAGCGCCGCUGUGGUUUCCCUAGCGAUGCACCUAUACUGUUAAAAGCCACGUUUGUUAAGAGUUUAGUGUUUAUUUUCUCAGUCCUAACCCGCGUGCGUUCCUGUGCCUGAGUGUUAAAGCCGGUGACGGAGGGCUGGGUCUGUGUCACCCCCGGCUCUGCACGCCGCCCUCGCGGGGAGUCGUUCCGCCCGUGUCAGCUGCCUGUCCCGCACCGGGCACGGGGUGUUCUGGCCUUGCCAGCGCUGUUACAGCCUGCAGCCCUCCCGAAAUACACCUUCGUGAGACUGAAAGAAAAUGGGGGGAGGGGGAGCACAAGCUAAGCAGCCGCCUCUGCAGCGCAGGCAAAGCGGGCACGCCUGCCCGGCACCGCCUCGGCCGCCCUCUGCCCCGCCCGGGGCUCUGCCCUCUUCCCUCCGGGACCCCUGCAGGCUGCCCCGCGGAGCUCGCUUACGCGUCCCUCCGCUCUACCCGGCGCUAGCGCAGGGUACGCGUGAGGCCCGUGGGGGCACCUGCAGUUCGGCCUCCUCGGAGCCGCCCCUGGGCGGGCAGCCCGGGCCCGCCCCGCCGCCAGGUGCGGUGCCGCCGCCCGCGGGCGCAGGAAGUGCCUUUACGGCGUGUGCCGGGCGGAGAGGCUCCGGCGAGCCGGGUCGGGCCGGCCAGACCCUUCCGAGCUGGACCCGCCAUGAGCAAGAUUUCCAAGUUCUUCAAGGGGGGCGGCUCGGCCGCCUCCAAGAGCCGUGGGGGACCCUCGCCGCAGGAGGCACUGGCCCGGUUGCGGGAGACGGAGGAGAUGCUCAGCAAGAAGCAGGAGUACCUGGAGACGAGGAUCGAGCGGGAGCUGGCCAUAGCCCGGCAGCACGGCACCAAGAACAAGCGAGCUGCCUUACAAGCACUGAAGAGAAAAAAGAGGUAUGAGAAACAGUUGAGUCAAAUUGAUGGGACGCUUUCGACCAUUGAGUUCCAGAGAGAGGCACUGGAAAAUUCCCACACCAACACAGAAGUGCUCAAGAAUAUGGGUUAUGCUGCACAAGCUAUGAAAAAAGUGCAUGAAAAUAUGGACUUGAACAAAAUUGAUGAUUUGAUGCAAGAUAUCACUGAACAGCAAGAUGUUGCCCAGGAAAUUUCAGGUGCUAUCUCAAACCGAGCUGCCUUUGGUGAUGAGUUUGAUGAGGAUGAGUUGAUGGCAGAAUUAGAAGAACUGGAGCAAGAAGAAUUGAACAAGGGAAUGAGAGAUGUCAGACUCCCAAGUGUUCCAUCCACAUCACUGCCUUCUCGCCCUGCAUCGACCAGGAAGAGAGCAGAGGAUGAAGAUGAAAUGAAGAAGCUGGCUGCCUGGGCUUCAUAAGAGCAUGGUCUUUUUAUAAGACUGAACAUCAUAGUGCAGAUGUAAAGAGCUGUAAUGCUGUUCUAUAACUGUACUGAUUUAGUGUAGUUGCAUUUCAUAUAGGCUGGGUUUUUUAUGGCAAAUCUUGCUAAGAAUAGUGUUACUAUCCUAUUACAAAACUAGUUUAAAAACAAACAAAAAAAAAAUGUGAUAGUUGCCAAAACCUCCAAGCAUCAAAGUUUUUUCAGCCUUGGCCAGAGAUUUGUUUUAUUAGUAUCGGUUUUUAUCACCUACUGUCUUACUAUGUCUUGCUGGUUUGUAAAACCCGUGUGCCUCCCUUGUGCACACAGCUGGAUUCGUUGUUGAAAUGAAAAAUUUGGUAAGUCGUCAAGGCCCCUAUCCUACAGGGUUAUUUGGUUCAGACUAUUUGAAUAUUAGCAAAACAGCUUUAUACAUGUCCUGACUUUUAAGUUCCUUUGAGCCCAAGAGCUAAUAGCCAUUCAUUUGGGCAUGGAGAUUUAAACAGGUUGUCUGGAGCAACUUCUGGUGUCCUGGAUACUCAGAGGACACUCUUCUGUAGAUUUUUUUGAAAUGGGAUAGGUUUUUUUGUUUUGUGUUAAACUGUGGCCGCAAUAUCCCAUGCACUUCUAUAGGUCAACUUAAAUUGUAUUUUGAACUAUUUCCAGCUCAGUUAAAGAACAGUUUUACAGUGAUUGGGGAAAAUUAAAUGUCCAAGUUCUUAUAGAUCCCUGCCAAACAAAACUGAUUUCCGCUAACCCUGUCAAAAAUCCAGAAGAGAUUUGACCUUCCUGUGUUGUUCUCCUCCACUGUGUCUUUCUAGGAUGAGUCUUUACUUUGUAUGAUAAUACCCAUCCUCAAAGGAAUUAGUAACACAUUUUUUAAUUAUACAACUUCAAAAUCAUUUUAAUUUCUGAGCAUGCGGUUCUUUUACUCAGUUUCUGAACAGAAAUCAUACCAGCGUGUUGUAUUUGAAAUGCCUUGCUAACUUUGGUUAAAAACUGAUUCUGAAUUACUCGUAAAGUUGACAUGUUAUUGUCCAACUGACAGCUUUUUAGCUUAAGGAACAAACGCCACUCUGAGUGCUAAACUACUACGUAUGUAGAGAAAUCACUGUUCAAAUACAAAACAAAAAUUAAAAAGGCUGCUUUGUACUCACAGAUUUUAUUAAAUAAGACUUAAGCUCUAUGCUAGUUGCCUGCUGUCAAUCACAAGGAAAUAGUAAAACACUGUGGAGUUCAUAGGGAUGUGGGAAGCAGUCUCACAUUGAUCUAGGUUUCUUGUUUUCAAGUUAAUUUAAAUUUACUGAUGAUUGAACCACUUGGGAAUAGUGGGAGACUUGGUUUCUGUAGAUCUAUAGGAAAAGACGACUAAGUCAUUCUCCUGGGGGUUUUAGCCUGUGAUUUGCUGGGUAUUUAGCUUCAGUAGGCUUCAGCUUAUUGGAUUUUGGGUUAAGCGUAAGCUAAUGUGUGUUUCUGGAUGUGGCAUGCUAGCAUGCUCAGCAGCUUUCAAGCUGAAUUCCAUGGAUAAAACCCAAAAUUUACAAACCUUGUGGAGAGAUUUAGUUUUUCAGGACUCUUUCAUUCCCUGUAGUGGAAUUGCUUUUGGUUUGCUUCCAUAUGAAAGGAGAAUCAAGCCUUGCCACUUUGGAUAAAUUUCCUACUGGAAAAAAAUAAGUGUGUUAAUUCUGUCCCAAAGUUUGGAAGCACCUGGAAAAUUGUCCCUUUCUGUUGAGAGUAUAGAAACCUGAAACUAUUCAAUUUUUGUUUUAAAAACAAAAAUUAUUAAAGAACUGCCUUAAAUUUGAAAAUAUAUUUUGAACUCUCAGUAGGAAACCAAACACUAACAAAAUCUUACUCCAGUUUUAAUGCUUCCUGAAAUUCAGGAUGAGAUGCCAACUGAAAGCAGGCACAUUUAAUAAAAUAUGUUCUGAGUUAUUUAGAACUCAUUUGCUAAUCAUUUUGAUUGAAUCCUGUUUUCAAGGUAUGCAGUCUAUGCAAGUCUCUGAAUUGGGUACAGAAAGUAUUAGCGUACACUGAUUGCGUCGCCGUGCGAGGCUGGCCGUGUGCUUGUGGACACAUCUGGUAUUUCUAAACGCGAGGCCAUGCCAACAUAGUCCCGUGCUUAGCUUGGAAAAGCUGGCUUCAGUGUCUGUUCUUGGUUGAAUUAGUAGUUUUCCAAUACUUAGCACUAACAUAGCACUUAGCAUGUUUAAAGUGCUCUACAACCUAACCAAAAUAAGUCUCUAAGCUUCCAGUUUGAAACUAAAGUGAUUUUCAGUCUGUUUGAGAAAAUGCAGACCUGCUGGUUUUGUGCAAAAACUUCCCAUGUGAACACUCUGCAGGGGAGAAGAAAUCCAAGGGAAGGUCUCCUUUGCAAGCUAGCCUCUGACUGCUGACCUCCAGCAAUGUUUUGGCCAAAUAUUGAUCCUGAGAAGCUUCAGGUGUCUUCAGCUUAUUGAUUUCAGACCAGGUACUUCAGGAACAAAAUUUCUGAGGGGCAAAGAAAAACUCUGGUCAUUUGGGUGAGCUUCUCUAAAAGCUUGUGUGUAGUGGCUGGAGGAGACAAUCACACAGCAGUUCACAGGCUAGGACGUGUGUGGUUGGUGAAGCUGUACUCAGUCAUGUCCACAAACCAGACCUCCCAAACUGGAGUGCUUGUUGCCUUAUUUGUUUCGGAGACAGUAGAUGGCUGUUUUCUUCAAAAGCAAAGGGGUUCUAGGGAUUUAAUUCAGGUGAGGAGGUGGCUCUUUCCUACGUAAAUUCAGAUGACAUGGGGACAAAUGGCUCUUCCUUUUUUGAACGUGUGUUUCUCUUCAUGCCAACAUGGUAUUUGUUUAGCAUGUAAGCUGAUGAGAGUGAAUAGUGUCAAUGUGUUACUGUAAAUGUACUCUCUAUUAACUGGAACGUAUUUUACAAGAAGACUGGUAGCAGAUGGUGUGCUAUAGCUGGCUUCCUUUCUUGUUUCUUAUUUAUUUUGGGAAUGUUUUCUUCUCUUAACAGACUUGGACAUUUUUAAUCUGGAUAGCUUUAAAAGGGGGGAAAAAUAGUCAUAAAAAGUGAAAAGAAUUAAUAUAUAUAUGCUGUAAAUAAAUAUUUUGGUGCCAUA